UCUUUCCACAAUAAAAGCCCAUUAAUUUUUCUUUUUUAAUAUUUUAUUAUUUUAAUUUUGUUGAUUAGAGACCUAAAAGGAAGUGAUCCAACGAAGCUUUCUUUCAUGUCGGAGCUCUCUAAAACCCAUCAACUUCAACACCCUUAUUCUCCCAAACUCACAUCCAUGGACACCCAGAUUUCUCUGAAAACAUCUUAUGGUUUCGAAUAUUCAACUAAAUUCCUUGCAUAAUUUUGUUUUAUGAUUCCUUUUCUAGGUUUAGUUGGAAUAACUUAAAAGAUGACCCAACCCUCGGUCAUACUUGCUACUGCUAGCUAUGAUCACACUAUUCGGUUCUGGGAGGCCAAAAGUGGUCGCUGUUAUCGAACCAUACAAUACCCUGAUUCGCAAGUUAAUAGGCUUGAGAUAAGUCCAGAUAAAAGACACCUAGCUGCAGCGGGUAAUUCUCAUAUUCGAUUAUUCGAUGUUAAUUCGAACAGCCCUCAGCCGGAAAUGAGCUAUGAUUUACAUACUGGUAAUGUGAUGGCAGUGGGAUUCCAGUGUGAUGGUAAAUGGAUGUAUUCAGGUUCCGAGGAUGGCACAGUAAAGAUUUGGGACAUAAGAGCUCCAGGGUGUCAAAGGGAAUAUGAAAGCCGUGCUGCCGUUAACACUGUUGUUCUGCACCCUAAUCAGACAGAGCUCAUAUCUGGGGAUCAAAAUGGAAACAUUCGUGUCUGGGAUUUGACAGCAAAUUCAUGCAGCUGUGAAUUAGUGCCAGAGGUGGAUACAGCAGUGAGGUCCCUAACUGUCAUGUGGGAUGGGAGCCUGGUAGUUGCAGCAAAUAAUCAUGGGACUUGUUAUGUUUGGCGCUUGUUGCGAGGGACUCAGACAAUGACAAAUUUUGAGCCACUUCAUAAGCUACAAGCACACAAGGGUUACAUUCUUAAGUGCCUUCUUUCGCCUGAAUUCUGCGAGCCACACAGAUACCUGGCCACUGCAUCUUCAGAUCACACUGUCAAGAUUUGGAAUGUUGAUGGUUUUACAUUGGAGAAGACUCUAGUUGGACAUCAACGGUGGGUGUGGGAUUGUGUGUUCUCAGUUGACGGUGCUUAUCUUAUAACAGCUUCCUCUGAUACAACAGCAAGGCUUUGGUCCAUGUCAACUGGUGAAUAUAUAAGAGUGUAUCAAGGGCACCACAAAGCCACUGUUUGUUGUGCUCUACAUGAUGGUGCUGAACCUUCCUCAUCAUGAAACCAUCUAAAUUAUUCACUUGUUUGUUCAUAGUGGUUUCAAAUAAGCAUCUAUCAAAAUUCACUAAAUUACCUUAAUUAGUUUAUUGUGCCUAUUUUUUUUUUUGUUUGUUUGUAAAUUGUUUCCAAAAAUGCCAUGUUGGGUUUUUAAGUUUUAUAACCAAAAAUUCUAUUUUUCCUAAUUGACAAGGUUGAUGUAUGAUGAAUUUUAGAAUGGCUUAUAAAUUUCAAAACCUGAGCCAAUGUUGUAUCCCAAA